AUGGGUACGUCUUUCGACAAACAGCCCAAGACAACGUUGUCAAUAGACCCCGAGUCAUUGCCUCUCGAGGGCCAAAUCAUAGAUAAACCCCAAGGUCAAACACGACGAGGAAUCAAUUCACGACAUGCUCAGAUGUUGGCUAUCGGUGGUGCCAUCGGUACAAGUCUUUUUGUUGGCACAGGCGAAGCCCUAGCCCUCGCGGGCCCAGCAUUACUUCUAAUCGCCUACAUCAUAAUCUGCAUCCUCGUCUACGGCGUAUUGACAGCGACAUGCGAAAUGAAUACAUUCCUACCAAUCUCCGGUGCAUCACCAGCGUACUAUGCUGCCCAAUUUAUAUCACCUAGCAUAGGCUUUGCGCUAGGAUGGCUAUACUGGUACUCAUUUGGAAUAAUCGUCGCCUACGAAAUCACAGCCGCGGCGAUCGUCAUCAACUACUGGCCCAACUCAGUCCCCAUCGCGGCCUUCAUAACUAUAAUGUUAGUCGUCAUCUUGGCCCUCAACUUUGCUCCGGUCAGAGUCUACGGCGAGACCGAAUUCUGGUUCGCGUCCUUGAAAGUCAUUAUGAUCCUCGGCCUGUUCGUUCUUUCCUUUAUUCUUUUUUGGGGAGGUGGACCAGAUCGCCAAAAACUGGGCUUCCACUACUGGAAAGAUCCAGGUGCAAUGAAGCCCUACCUCGUCAGCGGAGAUAAAGGCCGCUUCUGCGCUUUUCUCUACGUGCUAUGCUACUCCGUUUUCUCAUUCAACUUCACGCCUGAAUUGAUCGUCAUCGCCUCAGGCGAGAUGAAAAGCCCACGAAAGAAUAUUCCUCGCGCAGCGAAGAUGUGCUUCUGGCGACUAUUGAUCUUCUACAUCGGUUCCAUCUUGGCGAUGGGUAUUAUCUGCCCAAGCGAUGCAUCUGGCCUAACGAACGGCUCCGGCGUCGCAGCUUCGCCAUUCGUGAUCGCCAUCAAGACAGCCGGGAUCCAUGGUCUCGACAGCGUGAUCAAUGCUGUGAUCAUCACAUCAGCAUUGUCAUCUGGCAACUCCUACCUUUACAUGUCCAGCCGCUCACUCUACUCCCUAGCUAUUGCGGGUAGAGCACCAAAGAUCUUCACAAGAUGCAACAGCUACGGACUCCCCUAUUACGCCGUGAUGGCGAGCUCUCUUUUCGCCUUCCUUGCAUACAUGAACUGCGCAAGUAGCCCAGCUACAGUGUUCAACUGGUUCGUCAGCGUAACCAACACCGCAGGAUUUAUCUCGUGGAUCUGUUGCUGUGUUAUGUUUCAUCGAUUCCGGAAAGCAUGCCGACUUGCUUCCAUUAAACCGAGCGAUCUGCAUUAUACUUCUCGGGUUCAGCCCUAUCUCGGAUGGGUUGCGACUGUGAUAUUUCCCAUUUUAUUACUGUGUAAUGGAUUCUAUGUGUUCUUCCCGGGACAUUGGUCUGUGACAGACUUCUUGGUCGCAUAUAUCGGGAUCUUCGUCUUUUUGGCCAUUUAUCUUGUUCAUCGUUUGCUGCAUUGGGAAGAUGCUUGGAUGAUCAAGGCCGAGGAUAUUGAUUUGACAUUAGGAUUGGAGGAGGUUGAGGCGCUUGAAUUUGAAGAACCUCAAAGGAUGCCCAAGGAGAGGUCGAAAGCGAGUAAGAUCCUUCGGCUAUUAUGGGAAUGA